AUGCAUCAACCAUUUCAAAGAUUAAUGAAAUACAAACUUUUACUUGAAGCUGUACAAAAUAAAACAGAUGAUGAUCAACAAAAAUAUGAUUUACAAGAAAUGAUUGAAAAAGUUGCUACAUUUGUAAAGCAUGUCGAUUUAAAAUUAAUAAAUCAAGAAGAAGAAGAAAAAAACAUCCAAGAGACAGAAACAAAAUUUAAUUUAUUGUUAGAACAAUCUAAAACAGAAUCAGGAAAUAUUAAUGAAGCAACAUCAUCAUCCCGUACAAAUGAUUCAAUUAAAAGUACAAUUGCAUCAAAUCCAACAAUUACUGCUAUUGAUGGUGGUUUUUCAACGGAUGAAAUACUAGCUGCAUUACUAGAUAUAAAACGUUCAACAGAUAAAUAUAAUGCAUUAAAUUUUGUUAAUGAAUGCCAUGCAGUUGGGUAA